AUGAUUCACGUGAGGAGCCCUGGGGAACAGAGCCGGCGGAAAACGAGAGUGACCUGCACUGAGGGGUGCCGAGAGGCAGGUCGUGGAUCUAACGGCACCAUUGCAGGGUGCACGAGGGAAAUUAUCACCCCGAAAUUAGUGGACGCUUUGGGGCCUCUACCCCAUCCGAUCCAAUUCAAGCAAAUGGAUGAGUCCGUAACGAGGGGAGAGCCCUAUGUAGAAGAGGCCCAGGGAGUGCCGGUGGGAAUAGAAGAUCAUUGGGACAUAGAAAUGUUUGUGAUUGCUCCGUCAUCCUCCUUUGACGUAGUGUUGGGAGCCGGGUGGCUAGCUAAGCACCAACCGGAUAUACAAUGGGGAAACCAAACAAUAGACUUCACUGACAGGAGGUGUAAACACCAUCACUGGUUGGGGAGCUGGGGGCCUAAUCGUCCCCCCUGGAAUGAGAAAAUGUACGUGUCAGUGGAAGAGGUCCAAUCCAUUCCCAGAGAGUACAGAGACUUGCGUACAGUGUUCAGCGAGGAGGAGGAGGCGAAUGAGCUUCCCCUGCAUCAAAGCACUGACUGUGCGAUUGAACUAAUACCCGGACAGGAGUUGCCCAAAGCCAAACUAUACUCCAUGGGGUGGGCAGAGAAGGCAGAACUAAGAAAGUUCAUAGACAAGAACCUCAAGAGAGGCUUCAUUCGACCGGUCACCACCCCGCACGCUGCACCGGUCAUUGGUGACUGCGGCCUGCAGUUCGUUGCCAACUUCUGGCGGGAGUUCUGCAAACUAAUAGGCAUGGAGCAAGGAUUGAGUUCCGCCUAUCACCCUCAAACAGAAGGACAGACGGAAUGUUUCGCCGAUGUCUUUGAAGAGACAGGAGCAGAUCAGCUUCCCCCUCACCGACCCUAUGACUGUGCCAUUGAUUUGGUACCUGGGGCACCACUCCCGGUGGGGCGUCUGUACCCAAUGUCGGAGCCUGAGUUGGCAGCUUUGCGAGACUACCUGGACAAGAACCUGAAGCGCGGAUUCAUCCGACCCUCAACUUCUCCCCUGUCUGCUCCAGUCCUCUUCGUGAAGAAGAAAAGCGGGGAGCUCCGGCUGUGCAAUGACUACCGGGCCCUGAACAAGAUCACCAUCCGCGACCGGUACCCUCUACCACUGAUCCCUGAACUCUUGGAUCGUUUAAAGGGGGCCCAAAUCUACACCAAGCUGGACCUCCGCGGAGCGUACAAUUUGGUGCGCAUACGGCCUGGAGACGAAUGGAAGACCGCGUUUGGGACCCGAUACGGGCAGUACGAGCACCUGGUGAUGCCCUUCGGAUUGACCAACGCCCCCGCUGUCUUCCAGAGGUUCAUGAAUGAUGUAUUCCGGGACCUGCUCGACCGCUUCACGAUCAUAUACCUGGAUGACAUUCUAAUUUACUCCCGCAAUCCUGCCCAGCAUGCCGAGCACGUCCGCCAGGUGCUACAGCGCCUACGAGCCCAUGGCCUCUACGCCAAGCUGGAGAAGUGCGACUUUGACCUGCGCUCCGUCGAGUUCCUUGGUCACAUUGUGUCACCACAGGGAAUCCUCAUGGACCCGAAAAAGGUGGAAGCGGUCCUGACCUGGCAGGCCCCUCAGAAUCGCAAAGACCUGCAGCGGUUCCUUGGUUUUGCCAACUACUAUCGGCAA